AUGUCCCAGGCGCAUUCAAUCCUCGGUUCUAUGCGACGAAAUGUAUGGAUCGCCGGCAACGCCUUCCUCUUCUUCCACGUCUUCACCACCUACAUCGGCGGCAUGGGCAGCACCACCGGCGUCUCCAUGGUACCGACUAUGCCAUACACCUACCGUGGACCACGCUGCAUAUUAAUCUACUCGUGCCUCCACCGUCGCGGCCGAGGCAUCCGCGUCGGCGACGUAAUCGCCUACACAAACCCGGUCUUCCCCCGCGACCGGGGCUGCAAGCGCGUAAUUGGCAUGCCGGGGGAUUUCGUCAGCGUGAUAACGCCUGGACGUCGCGACGCGGAUCUACACAGCAAACCCGAAGACGGCGACUGGGCGAAUGUGAGGGAAGAGGUUGUCAGGGUUCCGCCUGGGCAUUGUUGGGUUGCCGGGGAUAAUCUCGAGUGGAGUCGCGAUAGCAGGCAUUUUGGGCCGCUGCCUUUGGCGCUAGUCAAGUCCAAGGUACUUGCUGUUGUUAGGCCGUCGCCGUAUAAUGAUAUUAAAUGGCUGGGUGCAGAAUAUGCAGUUGAAGAUUACAAGGGCGAUGAGCAUAAGUGGGUUACUCCGUAA